UGUAAAAUCAAAGGGCAUCAUCAAUAUGCCCGAUGAUUAAACAACUCGAAUCUGUUGAAUUGAAAUGUUCAGAUACCUGUGUCAUUGAAGACGACAAUAGAAACUCUGGAUUUUUUUAUUAAAAAAAAAAACCAUUAUUUGCCUUCAGGAAUCUCCAUAUCAUAGAGAAGAAACCAACCUUUCCUGCACCUAAUCUUUAGCAUGAACUUCACAUGUUAGAAUCCUGUAACAGUCUCCAAUCACCAUACUGCAGAAGUACCGCUCGAUAUCGCCUUUCCUCCUAUCAAUACACUGCGUUACUUUCCAUAUCCAGCUUUUGCUUCUUUGCCUCUUCUUUGCCUGUGAGGCAAAGACACCAAUGAUGAUCUUCACUUUCAUUGCAUUGAAGACUCUCGGUACCGCCUUCUUCUUCACCGUGCUCUACUUCCUUCAUGUGCUCACGGCCAACUUCUUUCAACAAGUCUUCGAUAUCUCUGGCCACGGCCCGCCGACCUACCCUGUCAUCGGGUGCUUGAUAUCCUUCUACAGGAACAGGCGCCGCCUUUUGGACUGGUACACCCAACUCCUGUCCCAAUGCCCGACCAACACCAUCGUCGUGUGGCGGCUUGGCGCCAGGCGCACCAUCGUGACAGCAAACCCAAAGAAUGUCCAGUACAUCCUCAAGAGCAACUUCAAGAACUACCCAAAGGGCAGACCGUUCACUGAAAUAUUGGGAGAUUUUCUUGGGCAUGGCAUUUUCAAUGUGGAUGGAGCGCUAUGGCGAACUCAGCGCAAGCUCGUGAGCCAUGAAUUCAGCACCAGGUCGCUGCGGGAGUACGUGAUGAGCACGUUGCAAGAGGAAGUCGAGAACCGGUUGUUGCCGGUCAUGCAGUCCGUAUUGACAGAAAACAAGGCAGUGGACUUGCAGGACCUCCUAAAGAGACUUACAUUCGACAUGAUAUGCAAGGUCUCAUUGGGGACUGCUUAUCAACCCCGUUCGUUGGAUCCGACGUUUCCCAUUUCUCCGCUGGCCAAAGCCUUCGACGUGUCAUCGGAGAUUUGUGCUCGUCGUGGGGCUGCCACUCUGUCUCUCUCGUGGAAGAUCAAGAGAUUGAUCAGAGUCGGGUCAGAGCGGAGGCUGAAGGAAGCGGUCCGAGAAGUCCACGGGUUUGUAUCGCGAGUGAUUAGGGACAAAAUCAUGGAAAUGAAUGGAACAGCAGCUUCUGGCAAUGAUGAUCUUUUAUCUAGCCUGAUUGCCGGGCAUGACGAGAGAACGAUAAGAGACCUUAUGAUAAGCUUCAUAAUGGCGGGAAGAGAGACGACUUCGGCCGCCAUGACAUGGCUUUUCUGGCUGCUUUCUCGGCAUCCAAACAUAAAGCAAGACUUGGUGACAGAAGUCGAGCUUGUAUUGAAGAGAAGAAAAGACUUGGAUUAUGAAUCGCUCAAGGAAUUGAAGUUGUUGAAUGCAUGUCUCCUCGAGUCCAUGAGGCUUUACCCGCCGGUGGCUUGGGACUCCAAGCAUGCCGUCGAAGACGAUGUUUUGCCUGACGGCACAAUCGUGAAAUCAGGAGAUAGGGUGACCUAUUUCCCGUAUGGGAUGGGGAGGAUGGAAGAGCUGUGGGGGAAGGACUGCUUGGAGUUCAGACCGAACCGGUGGUUUCUCGAACCAGAGAAGUACGGGACCGGAGAAAUCAGGAAGAUGUGCCCGUACAAAUACCCGGUUUUUCAGGCGGGGCCGAGGGAUUGCAUAGGGAAGGAGAUGGCUUUUAUUCAGAUGAAGUACGUGGUAGCUUCGAUUCUGCAUCGGUUCGACAUCGAACCGGUCAAUCAAGUCCGUCCAGUUUUCGUGCCAUUCUUGACGGCUCACAUGGCCGGCGGCUUCCCAGUCAGGGUUCGCCAAAGAAACAUUUCUACUCACGAUGGUAGUGAAUUUGUCGGAUUGAUCGGAGCAAACGCUCCCCAUUUUAAAUCAUCAGGUUAAUGUAACAUCACAUUAUUAUUUUGUUGUGCCCGAUAACUCGUCUUCGAGCUGCAACCGACUGUUUUCCGAGAUGCAGAGCCCUUUCCCCUGUGCGAAAAUUUAUUGCAACUUCAUGGGCGAUAUUAUUGUUA